GUCCCGCGGCGGGACCAAUACGGUGCUGAGGGGGGCAUCUCGCGAAGGGGGUCGUCGGUCGUCUUCACUUCCACCAGCGCGUCGGCGGGCGUAUGGGCGGACGGCGCAGCAGCAGUUCGUUUGGUCGGCGGCAAAAUUGUGAAACGAUGAAACGACAUGGGAACGCUGGCGCGCCGUCGACGUCAUGCUCGAGCGCGCUAAGAUUGACCAGCGGCAGCGCCAAGCGACAAACAACAACUCGGGCGCGGGCAGCAGGUUUGCGGUGAGCGCCAACCGCCAGCAGCAUACCACACUGCAACGGGAGCGACCUCGAGAGCGGCGCGCGUGAAUUUGACGAGUGUGAAAGAGCACGGCGCAGAGCGAGGACCACGCAUUCCACGAGUCGAACGGCUACUGUACGAACAAACGGCUUGCUGAACGAGCCUCCGCCGAUCGAUCGCGUCGCACCUGCUCCAUUCACCACCAGGAGAAGCACCACCAGGAGAAGCACCACCACCACCUCCUCCUCCUCCUCCUCCGCCCGCACUCCCGACAACACUCGCUGGUCGAGCUCCGCUCCCUCUCCUCGCUCGCGCCGACCUCAUCGCCCCCCUGCGACCCUUCGCGCCUCGCCCACCCUUGAGUUAUGAACUAGGCCAUGGCCACUCCCGCCGUGAACACCUCCCAGUGCGGCGGCGGCUUCUGGGACCUGCUGACCUGUGGUGGUGGCAGCGCGGGCAACAGCGAAGGCCAGACCAUCAACACUUUGCUGGCCUCGUUGAUCGGUUCGUUUGCCUCGCUCGGCGCCCAGGUCCUGCUGUUCACCCUCCUCCGCCUGCAGCUGUCGAGAAUCUACCGCCCGCGAUCCUACCUUGUGCCCGAGAAGGAGCGAGUUCCUGCGCCGCCCAAGGGCUUGAUCGGUUGGCUCUAUCCCGUCCUCACCACCAGCAACCUGACCAUCAUUCAAAAAUGCGGUCUCGAUGCCUACUUCUUCCUUCGCUUUCUGCGAAUGCUGGUCAAGAUCUUCUUUCCCGCUGCCUUCCUCAUCCUACCCGUUCUCUUGUCCGUCAACGCCACGGGCAGCGGUAACAACCGAGGCUUGGACAAGUACUCCAUCUCCAACAUUGGAGACCAGCAGGGCUAUCGAUUAUGGUCGCACACCUUUCUGGCCUGUAUUUUCCUGCUGUGGACCGGCUAUGUCGUUGUACACGAACUGAGGAGCUACAUUCGUGUCCGUCAGGCUCAUCUCACGAGUCCACAACAUCGCUUGCGCGCCUCUGCUACCACCGUUCUGGUGCCUGGCAUUCCAAGCAAGUGGCUGACUUACGAAGCUCUGUCGGGCCUAUACGAUGUCUUUCCAGGCGGCAUCCGCAAUAUCUGGAUCAACCGCAAUUACGACGCCCUCGCGGACAAGAUUAAUUAUCGCAAUAAGAUUGCAGAAAGUCUUGAAGAUGCCGAGACGGUGCUUAUCAAAAAGUGUCGCGCUGCGCACAUGGAGAAAGAGAAGAAAGAAGCGAAGAAAGCCGGCCAGAAGAGCAAGACCAAGACGGAGAAGAAACAGGAGCGAGCGGCCGAGGACGCCGCUGCCGACCGCAUGGCCGAGAGCGAAGGCUACAGUGCUGGUGAACAACGAGAAAUGCCCCAAGGAGUUCAAGAGGCUGUCGAAGAAGGCGAUCAUCUUGUUCACGAUAAGGAGGGUGCAGAUGGCACUAGUGCAGCGGAUUCUGAGAAACGAUCAGCAAAGCUCGAUGGUGCCCACUCACGCGCCAGCGACGAGACUCUGACGAGACCGUCUGGUGGCUCGAGACCCCCUCAAAACGGGCUGGAAAUUGAAGAGCCAGAAUCACACGGCAAUCGAAAUUCAGUGCUGGAUAUGUUCAAAAACAACGACAAAUCGCUUCGUUUCCCCUCUCCGGAGCCUCACGCCGCAGAGGGCGACGACGAAUUCCCACUUCACACAGCAAAAACCGCAUCAAACGAGGCAAGGGCUCCCGAGAAUAAGAAGACUUGGUGGCAAACGCUGGCUUUCUGGCAAUCUGGUGACGAUGUUCCUGUCGAGUAUGGCAAGGCCUUUGACGAGCAAUGGGAUGAAGACCAGGAUGAAGAACCUUACUGGCGCCGUUACAUUCAGCCCAAAGAUCGUGAGACCAUGCGGCUACCACUGUUCAGUCCUACCUGGUGGCCCAGCAUACCACUGGUUGGCAAAAAUGUCGAUCGCAUCUACCACCUGAGACGUGAACUCGCUCGCAUGAAUUUGGAGAUUGAAGAUGACCAGAACCACCUGGAACGAUUUCCCUUGAUGAACUCCGCCUUCAUCCAGUUCAAUCAUCAAAUCGCCGCUCAUAUGUGCUGUCAAUCGCUUAGCCACCACAUUCCACAGCAAAUGGCGCCCAGGCACGUCGAAAUUGACCCCGACGACGUAGUCUGGGACAACCUGUCCAUGACUUGGUGGGAACGCAUCAUCCGCACAGGCAUAGUGCUGAUAGCCUGCGUUGGGUUGAUUAUCCUCUACGCAAUUCCUGUUGUCUUCACAUCGCUGCUCAAUCGAGUGUCAGAUCUGACAGCCAGGUUCCCGUGGCUCGCAUGGCUCAACGAUGCUCCAUCAGCGUUGAUCUCCAUCAUCCAGGGUAUCCUGCCACCCGUUCUCCUGAGCGUGAUACUCCUCCUCGUACCUAUGAUCUUCAGGUUCCUUGUAACACAUCAAGGCGUGCCAACGGGCAACGAUAGGGAACUGGGUGUCCAGUCUUGGCUCUUCGCCUUCUUGUUCAUCCAAGUGUUCUUGGUGGCAACGAUCUCCGGUGGUCUGGUCCAGCUGGCCGUGACGAUUGCCAGGAAUCCCGCAAGCAUUUUGGAAACUAUCUCCUCCUCGCUUCCGAAAGCGUCCACGUAUUUCUUCUCCUACCUAACAGUUCAGGCCUUCUCGAAUUCGGCUAGUGCCCUUAUUCAGAUCGGCAGUCUCUUAGGGUGGUUUAUUCUGGCACCCAUUCUUGACUCCACCGCACGGCAGAAAUGGCGACGCCAAACGACGCUGAAUAAGGUCCAGUGGGGCUCUUUCUUCCCUCUGUUCACGAAUUUCGCUGUCAUUGGCAUGAUCUACUCCAUUAUCGCGCCUCUGAUCUUGGUCUUUGUGAUCAUCAUCUUCGCGUUAUUUUGGAUCGUCUAUCGAUACAAUGUGCUUUUCGUCUACCAGUUCCGGCACGACACUGGCGGCUUGCUGUUCCCGGUUGCCGUCAAUCAGCUCUUCACGGGAUUCUACUUCAUGGAGCUGUGCCUGAUUGGUUUAUUUUUCACCUCGACAGACGAAGAUGGAAACGUGUGCUACCCGCAGGCUAUCGUCAUGAUUGUCGCGCUCGCCGCCACCGUUCUCUUCCAGGUGAUCUUGAAUCAGAGCUUCAAGCCGCUUUUCCAAUACUUACCCAUUACUCUCGAGGACGAAGCGGUGAUCCGUGACGAACAAUUUGCAAAGGCGCAGGAGAGCAAGUUUGCGGCGCUCAGGCAGGUACAAAGUGCAGAAGAACACGAAGAAGAUGAACAUGCGGCAGAAGAGAUUGUCAGAACCGAGUCUGAAGGCGCUGUGGGUCGGCCAUCUUCAUCCAGGCCACGGCCCUCGCAUGACUGGAAGAAUCGAAAUACGCCGCAGCAGUUGUUCAAGACGGAAGCAUGGAAGAAGGCUGCACCGGAAGCUGUCGCCCGGCUGCGAUUUCUCGCUGACGGCAAGAGAACAAAAGGGAUGGAGCCAAAGCACGAUGUCGAAGCACAGCACACCGUCGGCGACGUCCUCUUCGGCGAUUUUGCGGAUGAAAUUGAGGAUCUGACUCCCGAAGAUCGCGACCUUCUAGUUCGUUACGCGUUCCAACACAGCGCGCUUCGAGCAAGGCGGCCGGUCGUAUGGAUCCCCCGCGACACACUGGGUGUCAGUGAUGACGAGAUCAAGAGAGCCAAGAAAAUGUCCACGGUAAUGGUUGACGGAAAGGAGACGACCAACAUUUGGAUGAGUAAUGAAGGUACCGCCAUCGACGGCAAGGGGCGGGUUGUUUUCCGCAAGAGUCCUCCCGACUUUAGUAAUGUCGAUCUGGUGGCUCUUUGAGCAGGGUUUAGCUGAUUUUGCAUCUACUCCAGCGUUCUUAGCGAUACACACACAGCAUAGGUCGGGCAUGCAUACACAUCUUUCAUCCGCGCAACGA